AUGUCUCUCGCUGGCAAAGUCGUUCUUGUCACUGGUGCCUCCAAGGGCAUUGGCAAGGCAGUUGUCGAGCGCCUGGGCAAGGAUGGCGCAUCGGUUGUGGUGAAUUACGCCUCUGACACUGCUGGCGCUGAAGCUGUGGUGGCUUCAAUUGGCGCUGAGCACGCCCUGGCCGUGCAGGCGGACGUCUCAACCAUAGCGGGCAUCGAGAGCCUGGUAUCUCAAGCCGUGAAGCGGUUCGGUCGCCUAGACGUGGUCAUGGCGAACGCGGGCGUGAUGACAAUGAGGUCAGUCAUGAACACAACUGAGGCCGACUUUGACAAGACCUUCGCUAUCAACGUCAAAGGCCCGUAUUUUCUAGUGCAGAAAGCUGUGCCGCACAUGCCACCCGGCGGUCGUGUGAUCCUGGUAUCAACAGGAAUAGCACAUUCGUCCACUGUGCAGCCGGGAUAUACGCUGUAUGGCGCGACAAAGGGCGCCAUCGAGCAGAUGACGCGCAUCAUGUCCAAGGAUCUCGCAACCAAGGGCAUCACGGUGAACGCCAUCGGCCCCGGCCCAACUGCCACGGAUUUAUUCUUCGAGGGCAAGAGCGAGCAGCUCAUCAACAUGAUCAAGUCCCAAAGCCCGUUCAAUGAAUUAGGCAAGCCCGAGGACAUCGCUGCUGCGGUGAAAUUCCUUGCAAGUGAUGAUAGCCGCUGGAUAUCUGGGCAGACAAUCCUGGUAAACGGGGCGGCAUUUGUGUAA